UGCUCAUCAUCAUCAUCAGCUCACAGCGGUAUGGCGUCCGAACACCAGACUGAGAAGUUCCCUAUUCCAGUGUUAGAUGUGACCGCAUACACGGCUAAACAGCCCAAAAAGAAAAAGUCUUUGGAGGAAAGGAAAAACGCAAAGCGCCUCAAAGACGUGAGAAGAGCCAAAACGCGCAUAAACAUCGGCUCGAGUCAUUCCAGCUGGAGGAACCUGCGGGACUGUCUAGGGCUCACACUGGACUCUCAGCUGGCUGCUCUGCUCUUAGAUUUUUACCAGAAGUUCACUAAAGUCACCUCAUCUCAGAAACAAGGAAAUGGCACAUCCAAAUCUCUAAAUGUUCUGGAGUCAGACAAGGAAGAGAAGCCAUCCUUAACAUCUCUGAAGUCAGUCUCACACAGUGUUUUGUCUGGACCUGUGUUAAAGUGUCCAGCAUGUGGCUUUGUUUUGAAGGUUCAACACGGAAAAGAGGCGCAUCAGCCCCAAAGCAUCGAAGUGACUCUAGAGCUGGAGGAGACCGAGGAGCCUGUGAGUGGUGCAGAGGAAGCUAAUCAGAGCAAUGGAGAGAUCAAAGAGGAGGAGAUGAGCGAGGGAUCAGGAGUGGAGCAGUGGAAAGAGGAAGAGGGGAGCGAGGGCUCAGGAGUGGAGCAGAGUAAUGGAGGAGAGGACUCUGACAACGACUGGACUCCUGAACUGUGGCAUCAAACUACACACCAAAAGGAGGAAGCUGUCAGGGAGGAAGAGAGUAGAGAGCCCAAACGGAAGAAACAGCUUUGCACAGAGUGUGGGGAGUUUUAUAAGAAGAGCCACAAAUGUGAUCACAAAACAAGACCGGUUGUGUGCAACGCCUGCGGCCGACGAUUUAUUUCUGAAUCUGCUCUCAAAGUCCACAGCUACAUGCACUCGGAAACUCAUGAAUACCUCUGCAAGUACUGCUACGCUAGCUUCAAAACCAAAGUGAACAAGCUAGCGCAUGAGCUAAUCCACCUGAAGCAGAAAGAUCCUUUCAAAUGUCCGGACUGCGCAAUGACAUUUCCGACAUUCAGGAAACGCGCCGCUCACAAAAAGGAACAUAAAAAAGAUAAAUUUAAGUGUAAAAUCUGUGGGAUUGAGUUGUACGAUGAGCAGAGUUUUAUGAGACAUAUUGUGGUGCAUUCAGGAGAGAGGCCGUUCAAAUGUUUUGUAUGUGACAUGGGUUUCAAACAGGAAAGCCACCUGAAAUCACACAUGCGUCUUCACACCGGAGAGCGGCCGUACAGCUGCAAACACUGUCAGAAAUCUUUCAAUCAUAACGUGAGUCUGAAGAGCCACGUUCAAAAGUAUCACCCAGAGGAGAAGGAGAAACAAGAGAGGACAGAACAGGCGGCGGAGGGACAAACAACAGUGAAAGCAAAAAGCAAACGGCCCCCUACUGGUCGACCCAGAGGACGACCAAAAAGAAAUGCAGACGAGAAAAAAUUAAAAACAAAACAGGAAACGGAUGAGUAUGAAAGUGAUGAGGACUAUGUUUGGUCAGAAGUAGGGCUGGACGAUUUUGCCCCUCUCAACUAAAAAUGUUCUGCAGACUACGGCAACGAAGAUGUGUAAUUGUUUCAGUUUCAGUCAAGUUGUAGUGCAGUGAAUGGGGAGCUCAGUUUGGUAUUUUGGUUAAAAUUAAAAUUUUUGUCGUUGACUCUUAAUGAAGAUAAAAGUGGCUAAAGAAUGUGAUGUUACUACAACAUUAUAUUGAGUUGUGAUCAUAUUAAACCCGUCAUCAUUCUAGGGCUAUAGAAAUUCAUGGUCGAAUAUAGACAUGUCUUGCCUGAUGAGUUGACUUAAAAAAUUUAACUGCACAGGAGUUCAUGCAAAACAACUAUUUAUAUAAAGGCGAAGCAAACUUGUGAAUCAUGAGUU